AUGUACGAGUCUUGUCUCAACGGCUCAUCUAGAAUCGCCAAUCCGGAGAACUCGAUCGAUAAUCACAGGUUGGAACUUUUACUUUUAAGUUUCAGAAGCUAAGAAAGCUGCCUAAUCGGACGGGAGAGGAAGGCGAUAUUGCUCGCGACAUCGCGUUUCUCUCAAACUCAAAAACUUCAAAAUUCGAGAUCGCGCCAAAAAACAAGACCGUCGCGGCUGUACACUUUCGCGAUACCGCAAGCGACAUCGCUUUUAUCUCGGCAGUUAUAAAAGUAUUUUCACAGUGGGUACAAUCCAUUCGACGAGUCUCCGGCUAGGUCGCCAGUCAUUGGCUACGCUCCCCAGGAAAGGAAGUCCAGUGUCAUUCCGCCUGCCCCUUCGGCCCGCUCUAGCCUGGCCGCUGGGAUCAUUUCUCCAUCGGUAAUUAUUAGCCGCUGAGAAUAAUAAUCAUUUUUCCGACUUUGGGCUUCCCUAGCCGGAUCUUUACAACGGGGUGGAAGCAUCAGAAGCAUCGCUUCUUCCGGAUUCGAAUCCUCCAAACAUCAGGUUCCUUCGGAAUCCUCUUCGACUACUCCCGAAUUCAGUUCCAGCAGAAGCAGCUCGACGCCUCGAACGGCCAGGACCUUCUGGCGGUCAUCGACAGCUUCAAGCUGGAGCUGCAGGUCAAGGAUUCCCGGAUGAAGGACAUGCAGGAGUAUAUGGACAAUUUGGUGAGUUUCGGCUUGGAAUAAGUCGAUUUAACUUAGAGAUUAGAGGGGACUUCUACGAGCUUACUAGACCCAAGAAAGGAGGAAAUACACUUUUUCUUGGAUUCUUGGAGAAAUAUGGGUUUUUCGUAAGAAACCCUGUGGAAAUGGUCUAGAGGGUAUACAGUUCGGAAUUUACGACCUUGGAACUUUUUUCUAAGGAAAAAUUUUUUUCGAAGCUCAGAAGCUUAGAAAGCUUAUUAAAGGCGCAGGAGAAUGAUCGUGUCGAGAUUUUUUUUUUCACAUUUUUUGGAUUCGAAUUUUUCGAAAUGACUGAGGAAAUACAGUUCAGAGUUGUGAGCCUUGGCUUCAUUGGCGCAUGAUUUUUUUCCAUCUAUAGAAGCUUAGAACGCUUAUUAAAGGUGCAUAAGAAAAAAUGAUCAUGUUGAGAUUUUUUUGGCAUUUUUUGUUUUGAGAUUCUAGCUUUAUAGCGCAAUUCAUUCAUACUUUUGUUAGUUUUAAGUCGAUAACUAAGUCUUCCAAUGAACUCUAACGCUUAUUAAAGGCGCAGAGGAUACUUUUUCGUCUCGAGACUAUUUGAGAAGUGUUUAGCUGGGUUUUGUAUGAUCAUGAAAAACGUCGCUUUGGAAUUUUUCGGACGUUUAUAUCUCCAGUUGUAAUCUCCUUGAAAUUUUUAUUAUUAAAGGCGCAUAAGUUCAAUAUCUCGUCUCGAGACCAUUAAAAAAAUGUUUUUUUGAUGCUGUUUGAGUUUUUUUGAAAGAAAGUCCGAAAAUAGAUCAUUCAAAAAGCAGGAAUUUUGAUAAACUUUGAUAAUUUAUCUUAAGGCAGCCAUGUCCCUUUAAUAACAUUUUUGCAGAUCUCACGGGUCAUGGUGAAGAAUCCGGAGCUGUUGGCGGCUCCAGUUGGCGAGAAGCCAAAACGACGAUUUUUUUCUGAUAAUUUCACCUUAUUUCUAUGGUUUAACCAAUUUUUCUUGUACAAAUCCGCUCUAUAUAUUAGUUCUCACUGUUAGUUUCGAUUGAGAAAUGCCUUCUUACCAUUGUAAAUAUCUUUUUCGAACAGUUGUCGUUCAUUUUUCUCCCAAAGAAACAUCUCACUGUGCCUGAUGUCCCCCUGUGCCCUAACAAAUCCUUCACAUCUCCUUUUUUUCUGAACGUCUCUGUAUAUUUUCUGUGCCCAGUUUUUGCUCAUUUUUGCAGCCCUGUGGUUUUUUUUUCUCAACCUAGUGUAUGACAAUACUAACCGGUGUUUGAUUCGAUAAAGAAUUCAAGAAUUUUUUUGAAGUUUGUUCGAAGGAAUGAUGAUCUCGCGAUUCUCGUUAUACUUUUUUUAUAAAAAAAUGUGAAGAAAUCCGCGAAAAAGGAAGAUUUAAAGAUUUUUUUAGAGCAAUUUGCAUACACCCAGUUUCGUGGACUAUAUCGCAGCGAGAGUGGCGCGACAUAGCAGCGACAUAUCUCGCUGCCAUCUCGCUCAGCUCUAGCAAACUCCCGGCGCGAUAUCGGCGCGAGGUCGCGGAUUAUCGAUUGGUCACUAUUUACGUGCCAUCAAAAUUUUACUUGAAUUGUUUUAUUUUUUUCGUGUGUUAUAUUCUCUCUGAUUUUUUUAUGUCUAUUUUUUUCACUUAAUAUUUCUAAAAUGUUAAUUUUACAACUAAUGUAACGCUCAUACAGUACCGUCAGGAAAGGAAAAAUAUUUUUCGCUCACAACUUCCUCGUAUAGAGCUCUUGAGCUCAAUCUUUCUGAAACUUUUUCAGCUGUGUUUCUAAGUUUUCACCACGUUGUUACAAUCAACAGUCAUCAUAUUUCCAGAAAGUUUCAAAAGGGUGAAAUCCCAUUAAAGAAAGUUGUGAUAAAGAAAAAGCUUUUUUGUAUAUAUUUUGACGGAACUGCACACCUUUCUUGAAUUUGAAAGUCCUUUUUUCGCAUUUUUUUUUCAUGUUUUAACCAAGAAUUUCAGGUUAUUAGUACUUCAAAAUGGCAUCUAACAUUUUUUUUUUCGAUCAAUAAAAGUCAAGAAAGAUCCGUGGGAGAUGGCACCGAAACUUUGCUUUUGGAUACAAUCAAUAAGAUUCUUGGUAAACUAUUUUUUUGAAACAGUAUAUCCAUUUUUUUACUUGAAGAUAUGAUUUGCACUUUGGCGUCGAUGGGUAAGGAAAAAGAAGAAAUGAGGCAUGAUUUCGAGAAAGCACGUACUGCUGUCUUGAUACAGUCGCUCCUGUGAGUUAUUCUCUUAUUCAAGGUUGGACUUUUUUUCAGUAUUUCUCUUUUUUUAACCGAUUUUUAUCAUUUAGAAAAGUUCUUGACGCAGCAAAUGAAGGAUAUGCCGAAAAACUAUCGAGUCAAAAGCUUACAGUAACAUUUUUUUAAAGGGAACUUAGUGUCAAUCUGAUUGUUUAA